GCAAGGAAGGCAUUGCACAAGAAAAUCAGAGGGUCGCUGCAAAACGGCAUUGGCGAUUUACCUGCUCGCAGUAUAAAAAGCCUCGGUUUUGCACGAACAUCAACCAGUUCCUUCUGUGAACACCUGCCGCGUCGUACUAUCAUGAUUCGUGCCUGCAUCCUCCUGGCCCUGGCCACCUGUGCCUUCGGCGUCUACUCCGGCUACCCUUACGGCUACUCUGGAGCUGCUCCCGCCGCGUACGGGUCCUACCACGCUCCAUCUGGUUCUCUAUCCUCCUAUGGCUACGGACUCGGCCAGGGUGUGCCGUCCUAUGGCUACGGACUGGGAAGCUAUGGCUUGAGCUACGGACAGGGUCUCGGCGGUCUCGGUUACUCCAGCGUUCUGCACAAGAAAUAAACUCCUUGAGGUGAAACCGCUGUAUUUCACCACAAGAAAUGUCCUAUAUAUUCCAAUAAAAUGUAAGACGUAUUCGUUGUGGUUUGCUUUGUGUAACAUUUACCUACUGACUUUUUUUAUG